AUGAAGGCUUCCGCGACUCUCCUGGCCGCUGCCGCCCUCUUUUACCAGGGCGCUGCGGCUCUGCCCUGCAAGGACCCUUCGGCGUCCUGUGGUGCUGUCGGCUGGACCGGCGCCACCCCGGUUAAGCUCGCCGCCCGCGCCGACGCCGCCCCCUCCGCCUUCCCCGGUGCCGAGGGUUUCGGCCGCAACGCCGUUGGCGGCCGGACUGGUAAGGUCUACAAGGUUACCAACCUCAAGUCAGUACUCAAGCCGUCACCUACCGUUGCUGUGUCCUUCGACUCCGGCACAGGUUCCCUCCGUGACGCCGUCUCCCAGGCAAACCGCAUCGUGGUUUUUGACGUCGGCGGCGUCAUCAAGAUCAGCUCUCGCAUCGUAGUUUCCAAGAACAUCUACAUUGCCGGCCAGACCGCACCUGGAGGUGGCAUCACUGUCUAUGGCAACGGCUUCUCCUGGUCCAAUGCUAACGACGCCAUCGUCCGUCAUAUCCGCAUCCGCAUGGGCAAGUCCGGUGACAGCGGCAAGGACGCCAUCACCAUCGCCGACGGCAAAAACCUCAUCUUCGACCACGUCUCUGUCUCCUGGGGCCGCGACGAGACUUUUUCCAUCUCGGGUGACGUUACCAACGUCACCAUUGCCGAUUCCAUCAUCGCCCAGGGCCUCGAGACCCACUCUUGCGGUGGCCUUAUGCAAACCGACGGCGGCGUCUCCCUCUUCCGCAACCUCUACAUUGACAAUAAGACGCGCAACCCCAAGGUCAAGGGUGUCAACGACUUUCAGAAUAACGUUGUCUAUAAUUGGGGUGGAGGAGGAGGCUAUAUCGCGGGCGAUUCCGACGGCUCAAGCUACGCCAACAUCAUCAACAACUACUUCAUUUCCGGGCCCUCCACCUCCGUUACGGCCUUCACGCGCGGCAACGCAAACUUCCGCGGCUACGUCAAGGACAACUUCUACGACUCGAAUCGUGAUGGAUCCCUCAAUGGCGCUGCUCUCUGCGUCUCCACCACGUGUUACUCCAACAUGGCCAUCCAGGCCACCGCCUUCGCCUACCCGGCGCCCGCGAAGCUCCUCACCCCAGCCGCCGCCGUGGCCCACGUCUCCUCCAAGGUCGGCGCCUCCAUUGUCCGCGACGCUGUCGAUACCGCCCUUGUCAAGGAGCUCGAGUCCUAUGGCAAGUCCGGUAAGCUCAUCUCCGACGAGGCUUCCAUGGGCGGCGCCGGCACCAUUGCGGCCGGCACGCCCAAGAAGGACACGGACGGCGACGGCAUCCCUGAUGACUGGGAGACGGCCAACGGCCUCAACCCCAACGACGCGUCGGACGGUAUGAAGAUUGGCGCUGGCGGGUACGCGAACCUCGAAAUCUACGUAAACUCGCUGGCCCCGGCUGUCUACUAG